AUGUCUCGGAGCUAUGUGAACCUCACCAGGCCGCCGCCAACUCCUCCUCCGCCGUAUGAAGCCCACGACAACCAGCUCCUGCAGCCGAUGGAGACGAUGGCGUUCUAUCGGCAGCCCGCGCAGUCGCAGCAAUACUUGCCCGUAGCACAGUCGCAACACAGACUGAGAAAGAGGCCUUCGGCUUGGACCUCGACGGUGGACCUGUCGAGGCAGCGCAACGAGGGUCGGUACGGUCAAGAGCUUGGCCAGCAGAAUGCGUUCAACCGCCCUUCACCAAGUCGGAUGGAUGAUUGCCCUAUCGCGAGAUCAAUGAACCAGGGAGCUGCACUCUGUGACCGAGUUGCUGCUCGGAUGAAUGAGGCUCUCUCCAGACUAGACUGCGACGAGGAAGAACACGACCAAGUCAAAGAGGCAAUACGAGGAUUAACGAUCUCGGGAGAAAGAAACGCGCCGGACUUAUUGAAGAGCAACAGCAUCAUCGAUUUCAAGAAGACAUGGCAUUACGCCAAUUCACGACUCCCGCCUUUCCUGCCUCCCAUGAAGAUAUUUCUCCCAACGUGGCAGAUUAUAUGUUCGGCUGCUCAAGCUUCUAUGCAUGUGUAUCGACGGCCACACAGGGAUGAAAGAGCGGAUUAUAUUGAGGCAGAUUGGAGGCAUGGAACGAAAGCUAUGGUUGUCAAGAGCAGGCCGGUCGAUGAUGAGAAUCUAAUUGUGAUUGCUAUUCGAGGAUCCAAGUGGAACGUUGUGGAUUGGGCGACCAACUUUCGACCUGCACCUUCUGAGCCUGUUGGCUUCUUGGAUGACGAAGGCAAUGCCUGUCACGCUGGUUUUCUACAAGUUGCACGAGCGAUGAUACCACCCAUCGCUGCGCGGCUUCGGGACUUGAUCGAGCAGAAUCCCUCUCGAGCCUCAAGCUCGCUUCUCUUGACUGGACAUUCGGCUGGUGGUGCCGUUGCAAGCUUGCUGUACAUGCACAUGCUGGCUACGACGUUCGAAUCUGAACUCAACAUUCUCGCGGGAUGCUUCAAGCGCGUCCAUUGCGUUGCCUUUGGUACUCCUCCACUUACGUUCUUGCCUCUGCAAACUCCCGCAGGCAAGCGGUACGAGCGCAACGUGUUCAUGCACUUUGUCAACGAAGGAGACCUCGUGGUAAGGGCAGACAGGCAGUACCUCGGAACACUGGGUAGGAUCAUCGCCGCUCCUUCACCCAAACUCAACUUGAAUGCAUCCCAUGGUUUACGGUCCAAAAUCUCUCGCCACAAGCUCUCGUCCGCUGCUCAGACUGCGGCCCAAAAGCUGCCCUGUCGCUGGGAAGUCCCGCCUGCUACUCUUUCUAAUGCUGGUCGUCUGGUGCUUCUGAGAGAGACGCCAGGGAAGGAGAGAGCUGUUGAAGCAGUCCAGGUGACGGAUCAGCAGCUGCGUACCGUUGUCUUCGGAGAUCCUGACAUGCAUCGCAUGGACUUGUACAAACAGCGUGUGGACGAGCUGGCCUCCGCUGCUAUCACCGGACGAGAUCUGGGUUGA